AUGGCGGAUAACAAGGAUAGCAAGUCGGAAAUUCAAGAACAGGCGCUUGGAGGGACUACGACCGUUGCCCCCGAGGUGAUCGUGUCCGAGCUCGCAAAGCAGGACAAGACGCCAUGGUACCAGAAGCCCAACCUGCGAGUGCUCUACUUCGUCAUCUUCCCGACGUGUAUUGGCGUAGAGAUGACUAGCGGCUUUGACUCCUCGAUGAUGAACGGAUUGCAAGCUGUCGACUCAUGGGAUACAUUUUAUAACUCGCCAAGAUCGACCUUACUCGGAGUGAUGUCCGCCAUGUAUUCCGCCGGCGCCAUCCUUGCUCUACCCCUCGUCCCAGUCAUCACAGACGGUCUUGGUCGUCGGAUGGCCAUCGUCUUCGGUAGUGUCAUCAUGAUCAUCGGUGCUGUCAUUCAAACCGCAUCGCAAAACUUUGCUAUGUUCGUCAUUUCGCGGUUUAUCCUGGGGUUGGGAAUUCCGUUUGCCAUUGUCGCUGCAUCUUCUUUGAUUGGAGAGCUUGGACAUCCCAAAGAACGUGCUAUCCUCGGAUCCUUGUUUAAUUCCUGUUACUUCAUUGGCGCCAUCGUGGCCGCAGGCGUAACUCUUGGGACCUUCAAGAUGCCCUCCAACUGGGGCUGGCGCAUCCCCUCCCUCCUCCAAAUUGUCCCUUCCUCCCUGCAGAUCAUAUUCAUCUUCUGGCUGCCCGAGUCGCCCAGAUGGCUCAUCUCCAGGGGCCGCGGCGACGAAGCGUUCGACAUCCUGGCCAAGUACCACGCAGAAGGCGACCGCGAGAGCGAGUUCGUCAAGGCCGAGUACAUCCAGAUCGAGAAGACGCUCGAGUUGGAGAAAGAGACGAAGAAGGUCGGGUGGUUCGAUCUGUUGAAGUCGCCGGGUAUGAGGAGGCGUGUCCUCAUUGGCUCGUUCCUUGGGUUGGCGACGCAGUGGAGUGGAAACGGGCUUACCUCUUACUUCCUCGCUCGCAUCUUAGAGAACGUCGGCGUUCACGAUAACCAUACCAAGAACCUGAUCAACCUGGCCAAUACCUGUUGGGGUUUCCUCAAUGCCACCAUUCUUGCGCUUACUGUCUCCCGGUUCAAGCGGAGAACGAUGUACCUGGCUUGCACGACCUCGCUUUUGGUGGUGUUCACCGCCUGGACGGUCGCAAGCGCCCGAUACGCCAUAGAUGAGAGUCAGGCAUCAUCUCGAGCCGUCAUUGCCUUCAUCUUCUUGUACAGUCCGUGCUACAACAUGGCAUAUAACGCUCUGACCUACACGUUCUUGGUCGAACUGUUCCCAUUCCACGUUCGUGCAAAGGGUAUCUCCAUCUUCCAAUGGUUUGGACGCAUGGCUGGAUUCUUCAACCAGUUCGUCAACCCCAUCGGCAUCGAGAACGCAGGAUGGAAAUACUACAUCAGCUAUUGCGUCUUCCUCGCCUUCGAAGUCUGCUUCGUAUUCUUCUUAUUCCCAGAAACCUCGGGUCGCAGCUUGGAAGAACUUGCAUUCUUGUACGAGACUGAUGAGCUCAAGGAACAGAAGAAACGAGUCGGCAACGAGAUGGCCCACGAAAACAUCGACGAGAAGGUUAGCGAUGUUGUUGAAACAGACAGAACAAAAGCUGCAUAA